UUUUUUGUCUAAAAACUGAUUUUACAGAUAAAAACAUGGCUGCCAGAGAACCUACAAAAAUGGAGGGAAAAGGAUUCUUUGAAGAAACCCGGGAACGGUUGGAUGCCAGGGACCCGCAAACCAUUGGGAUUCUUGUGGCUCUCCUUGUAGGGCUCGUCACUUUAAUCCUUGUCUUCAUCUUCUCUCGGAAACGGAAGUUUGGAAGAGGAAUUCUGAUCUGUGGUUCCUGUGACGCGGGGAAGACGACAUUGCUGGGUCAGCUCUUAAAAGGGAAACCUCUAGAGACCUACACUUCUAUGAAGGAGAACAGUGGUGUGCUGUUGUUAGAUGGCAAGAAACCUGUCAAUAUUGUUGAUAUCCCUGGCCAUGAAAGGAUUAGGGAUCAAAUACUUAACAAAUAUUCAGGCUCUGCACGCGGGAUUAUUUACGUAGUUGACAGUGCCGCAGUUUCCAAACAAAUCAGGAAUGACGAGAAAUUUAUAAAAGUUUUGUUAUUUCAUUAAUAUAAUUCAAAUUUA